AUUAAUAAGCGCUGAGAAGAAGCGCCUGUCAGAUGGUGGUGUACGUCAGUUAGACUAAGGCCAGUAGGAAAAAGUGAGUAAAGUGGUGCUGAGAGGGUAGUUCCAGGUCGGAAUUCAGAAAAAAAGAAACGAGGACCAUGCUGAGGGUUUGUCUGCGUGGAGUCAAGGCCACAGCUCAGAAGAGCUCUGGGAGAAUCCGUCUGACUAAUGUGCACCAGUGCAGGGAAUACACAACAGGAGAAAGCAGUGGUGCUUCCAGAGUGGUAACAGCUGGCUUGUUGACAGUAACUGGGGGCAUUGGAGGCACAAUCAUCUACUCCAAGUGGGACCACAAGUUUCGAGCAGCAGUGGAGAGAAAUGUUCCAUAUUCAGAAUGGCUUUUAGGUCUGGCCUUGGGACCUGCUUCUCAAGAUGCAGGUCUUCCCACCAGGAAACAGAUGGAGUUCAUCCAGCCUCCUUCUAUGAUGGAAAAACAGAUGAAAACAUCCAAAGCUAAGUCCGAAAAGAAACUAAAGGAGACAACAGAGCAUGGGGUCCAGGAUUCUGACCCGGCAUCGUCACAGCCGGCACAGAACAUUCAGGCAGAGGCUUCAGCAGAAGCGACUCAGAUCAUCUCGGCCAUCAGUGAGGUCCAGUCCGUUCCAGCUCCAUGCGACACCGAGCCCACAGCAGCUGCAGAAACAGCAACUGUCCUUCAAGACACAGAGUCGGCUGCAACAGCAGAACCUCUGAGAGAGCGGCCAGCAGAAGAAGUGGCAGCUAGGCUGGCCCAACAAAAUCAGGACGAAAAAGAUGUUAUCGCAUCGCUGUCGGCCCGGCUGGAUGACUCCCUGGCCAGUUCCGCCAAGGCGACACUGCAGGCUAUUGGAGCUCAGGAGGCAGCUUUACAGGCUAUCACUCAUCACACACACAAGCUAAAGGAGGCAAUGGAGGCAGAGGGUCCAUCAGAGGAAAAGUCAACCCAGUGGAAAGAUUUAGAAGCCGCUCUGGCAAGCAGAACAACUUCUGUGAAUGAUGCCAAAACUGCUCUUGUCAAAGCCAAUGAAGUUCUGGACAGUCUAAAAUCAGUGAUUGACAAAUCCAAAGGCUUGAAGAUUUCAGCUGCACGGCCACUGAUCUUAGCAGCAGAAGAGAAUCUCCAUAAAAUGGUAGUAGACUUGGACAAAGUAGUCUCCAAGGUCCAAUCAGCAGAGUCAGAAGCAAAGAUUGUGGCCCAGUACUCUGAACUGGUUCAAGAAGCCAGGCAGCAGUUUCAGAGGGAAGUGAGUAGCCUAACUCCAGAGAUCCAGGCCAACUGGAAAGGCCUUACUGGUAAACUGUCAACAGAUGACCUGAACGCUUUGAUUGCCCACGCACAUCGGCGCAUUGACCAGCUGAAUCGAGAACUGGCUGAGCAGCGAGUCCGAGAGCAGAUCCGUAUGGAAGCAGCGCUGGAGCAGCAGAGAGCGGAGGACCAGAAAGCUCUGGACAAAGCCAUCGGCACAGCAUCGCAGCACGUUAAAGAAGAGGCCCGACUGGAGCAGGAGAGGAAGCUGGUUGAGCUGAGGGAAGUGAUUGAGGCAGAGAUGAGAACUCAGCUGCGGCGGCAGGCAGCUGCUCACACCGACCACGUCCGAGAUGUCCUCAAAGUCCAGGAGCAGGAGCUGAGAGCUGAAGCUGAGCAGGUGCUGAGCAGUAAGCUGCUGGAGCAGGAAACCCGGUACCGUCAGCUCACUCAGGAACAACUCGAUGACUUCACUCUGGAUAUGAAUGCUGCCUACGCAAGAUUGAAGGGAGUGGAGGAGGCCAUCGAUAGCCAUGUGGAAGCAGAGGAGGCGGCCCGGAAAGCUCAUCAGCUGUGGCUGUCUGUGGAAGCUCUUACCUACGCCUUAAAAACAGCCAGUGCUGAGUCUCCCAGCAUGCCCCUGGAGGAUGCCGCUGAGGCUAUGCGUGCCAGCUGCGUUGACAAUGAUUUUGCCCUGGCUCUGGCGUCAGCUCUGCCUGAAGAAUCCCUGAAGCGCGGCGUGUACAGUGAGGCUUCCCUUCGUGCUCGUUUCAACUCUCUGCGAUCGCUCGCUCGCAGAGUUGCUCUCAUCGAUGAAUCCCACAACACCCUCUACCAGUACUUUUUAUCGUAUGUCCAAGCUGCACUGCUUUUUGAGAAGCAACAGGAAGUCCCACCAACCCAGCUACAUAGCGAGGAUUUGGAUACCUUCAAGCUGCUUUCAUAUGCCAGCUAUUGCCUAGAGCAUGGGGAUCUGGAGCUGGCAGCCAAACUGGUGAACCAGCUGCGAGGGGAGGCCAGGAGAGUGGUGGAGGACUGGCUGACUGAAGCCAGACUCACACUGGAAACCAGGCAGGUCAUCAGUUUGCUUUCAGCCUAUGCCAAUGCAGUGGGACUAGGCACCACCCAGGCUCCAUAGCUGCAUCGUUGAGCAGGCAACUCAGAGGAAGCAUGUAUGGUGGUAGAGGAAGCCCGCUAGAAUGUGGUCAGAUGUACAACAGUAUAGGAAAUCACCAUAUUGUUGCAGUGAACCAGCUAUUAACGUUAACCCACAGCUUAGUUUCAAAUCACUAAGAUAAGAUGUAGUCUCAGUUUAGGUUUCAGCUUCAUUUUCUUUACCUUAUUUGGUAACAUGUCACGGUCAUCUUUACAGUAAAUAAGUUAUGCUGCACUGUUGUGAAUAUUGCACAUUAAAUAAAUCAUUAAGAAGGAA